AUGGAAUAUUCACUUGCAUUUGGUGUCAUUUUAACAAAUAUCAUAGAAAUAGUUUGCGCUUCUAACGGAAAGUUCAUUAAGAUUAAUGGAUAUAAGUUAUCUGGCGCGUUUUCUAUUUGGAAUUUUUACUUUAAUGGCACAAGACUUAAAUGUGCGGAAACAUGUCUCCAGACCACGUGUUUGUCGUUUAACUAUCAUAGCCAGACUGAAGAGUGUCAACUGAAUACAGAGUCCCACUAUACCAACCCAUUGAUAGUACAGGAAGCACAAGACUGGGCAUUAUACUAUUUACACAAAGAAAAUGACUGGGAGCUGGUCUUCAGAGCUCAGGCCUACAACAACAUCAGUCCUUAUAAUGCCUGGAUGGGGACGUUGUCUCUACCAACAUUAGUGGAAGAGGGUUGCCUGCUAUUGAUGAAUACAUCCACGUGUACAACCAUAUAUAGAAACGACAUUCUGAACACAUGGGAUUCGGAGAGUAUUUCUGAGGUAAAGCUGGAACUCUACCAAGCCGGUGUCACUGUAGUAAACAUCCGAUUUAAUGGUACAGGAUCGAAUUAUACUGACUGGUUUAGCAUCGACCGAUUGAUAGACAGUAGUUGGGAUGCCAUGUCUAAAAGUCGCGACUUUAAUCACUUUACACUUUUGGCGACAGAAAAGAGGAGAUUUUUCAUCAACCAGAACUAUGGUGGCUGUCCGAAUGAUGUUGGUUGGAUGGCAGUGAUAGACGCCGGUUCGAACAUAGCAGGGUGUGCUUGGGAUUCCAUGCUAAUUAGACCAGCAUUUUUGUUUGCUAAAGGAGAAGAUGCUACACGAUGGAUGCAAUUUGAUCACGGCUUUGCAGAUGUAUUAGCAGUGUUCAUCAAACGUUGA